AUGGAGAACUUAACAGAUAACAGUACCAUCAAUCAGAACGGCACCGGCGAGAGGUUCGAUAUUGAUGCUGUUGUCUGGAUGUAUCUGCCCACUGUGGUCACAGUGCCACUGGCGGUACCGGCCAACGCUCUGGUCAUACGCCUCCUGAUGGGCAAACCUGGCAUCUGCUCCACCUCAGAGAUCUUCAUACUCAACCUGGCACUAUUCGACAUGCUGUUCUGCUUCAUGAACCUCGUCGAGUACUUCUUGUUCCUGGGCAAUCGAACAAUGGAGGCUGCUAACUUCCAGGCUUGGGGUUUAAAUCAAGCGGGAGGGCCGAUGUUGCUCUGCCUGUUGUCUUUAGACAGCUACGUGGCCGUCUGCCAUCCGCUGGUCUUCCUCCGGCUCAAGGAUCCUAAACUGCGACUGUCGUUGUGCUUCGCGGUGAGCGUCAUAACUGCUGUCUGUUGCCUCAUGGUGAAGGUAGCCUUCAAGUACACGAUGUAUCUGAUUAUAGUGGUCCUGAGCGGUGCCAUUGUGACCAUAUCAACCUGCAACAUCCUGAUUCUCAAGUCCCUCUGCCAAUCGGGGCCCGGCAGGAAGGAGGUGCAUCCAGUGAAAAAGCGAGCAUUUAAAACAGUGCUGACUAUGUUGGUGCUGGUCAACGUCCACUACCUCCCCCCACUCUGCGAAUUCCUGGCUAAGGAGUUUGGUCCCAGUCAGUUCAGGCCCUUCUCAUUCCUCACCUGUCUGACCUACACGGCUCUCUCCAUGAGCAGCUUCGUUCAGCCUCUGUGUUAUCUCGUUCGCACCAACCAGCUGCCCAAGAUGAGAUGUGACCGCGGCUCAGCUGCUCAGGCAAAAACUGUGGCAACAGUUUAG